AUGCUUGAGCAUGGCCUGCUGCCGACCGCCAACCACCAGCCAGCGCCGCCACCACACGGCCCUGAUCCGAUUCUCCCGGAUCGGCAGCAGCAGCAGCAACAGGAGCGGCGCCGUAGCAGGCAGCAGCAGCACCAGUUGCUGCGCGACCUGCCCAAAAUCAAGAUCGAGAUUGGGGCUCAGCGCGAAGCUGAGGAAGAGGAACAGGAGCCAGAGCAGGAGCAGGAGCUAGAACUGGAGGAGCGGUCCCGAUCCUCGACCGCAUCCACGUCCAUUUUAAAGACUUCGUUGCUGAGCGGGGCGGCGGCCACGUUGGCCACCUUAACAGCGGCUGCCGAGCAAAUAGCUCGCACCUCGGCCAGCAGCGACACACCCAGGGACUAUUCCCACAGCAGCAGCAGCAACAGCAACAGCAACACUGCCAACACAGCAACAGGAACUUUGGCCAGCGGCAGGACAGGCAGCAGCAACAGUUUAGAAGAGAGCAAAAGACUUGAGCAUCAUCAACAACAACAACAACAACAACAACAACAGCAACCACAACAGCAUCAGCAGCAACAAUAUACAUCAAUACUACACACGGCCUUAAUGUCACAGCGUUCCAUGCCAGCAGCAACAUCUGCCGCUGCAGCAUCAACUGCGGCAACAGCAACAACGACAGCGACAACAGCAGCAACAACAUCGCCCACACCUGCGCAUGUACUGAAAACAGCGGUGACCUUAGCCAGUCUAAGUGAGAUAGCCACUGCACGUCAGCAGCAGCAGCAGCAACAACAGCAAUUGCUGGCGUUGCAGCAGCAACAACAGCAACAGAAACUGCCCAGAAGGAUAAUCAACUUUGGAAGCAACCACUCGGCGACCAAAGGAUUGGGAGCGGGAGUAGGAGUGGGCAUGGCCUCAGCAACGGCAACAGCAUCGACAACGGCCACAGCAACACUCGGACGCAAUCGCCAACUAGGCCUGAGCCAGGGUCAAGUGGCGAAUGCCAGGACAGCGCGUCUGCUCAACGGCAACUGUUGCGGCCGAUUGCAGGCGACAGCAGCAACAGGGGCUACCAGGGGCACCAAUACUUCCGGCAGCAACACGGUCAACAUACAGACCCAGACCGAUGAUGAGUUACUGCCGCUGUUAGCCAUGGCCCCACAAGCAACUCCCACAACAACAGCAACAGCAACAGCAACAGCGACAACAACAGCAGCAGCAUCAUUAUCAUUAGCAGCCACAUCAUCAUCAUCAUCAUCAUCAUCAACAACAACGAUUUCAUUAGCAACACGUGCAGCAGCAGCAAUGCAGCAGCAGCAACAAUGGACUGCCGUGUCGACGACGCCAGCAAGAGGAGUGAUGAUGACGACGACGACACAAUCACAAGCAACAUUAGCACCACAACAACAGCAACAACCACUGCCACAACAACAAGCCUCUGCCUUCGCCUACGCCUCUGCCACAGGCACGACGCCCACUGCCACACCCCCGCGCCAGCGAUCGGCCCCGCCCCCGCGCACGCCCACAGCCACCUCAGCUUCUGUUACUGUAGUUGUGUUCAAAACAAUGUUACCUGAUGACUGA